GGUUAGCACUCAGUGACGUCACGUAGUUUGGUUCUGGUUCAGACUGGGAGUGUCGGAGGAAUGACCACUCCGAUAAGACUGCCCUGCCCUUUAAAAAACUUAUAUCACCUCAUUAUCAGCAUGCCAGAGAACCACUAAGUGUGUGAAGCUUUCGUUUCUUGAACUAAAGGUUUUAACGACUUUACUUGCGCUACGUGACGCAGACAGCUGAAAGGAAAGACCAUGUGGCUGCCUCUGAUUGGGAUGACCGCCCUCCCACACAUUGGAGGAAUCUAUGGGGGUUUCAUUACACGCAAACAGGUGAAGACGUGGUACACCACCCUGAACAAACCCUCGUGGCGCCCCCCAAACGCAGCCUUUCCGGUGGUGUGGACAUGUCUGUACACAGGGAUGGGUUAUGGUUCCUACCUGAUCUGGAAAGAACUUGGAGGUUUCACUGAGGAUGCACUGGUUCCACUGGGGCUGUAUGGGCUGCAGUUGGCUCUGAACUGGGCAUGGACUCCUAUUUUCUUUGGAGCGCACAAGAUAAAAUGGGCAAUGGUCGAGAUUGUGUUCCUGACUGGGACUGUUGGAGCCACCAUGGUGUCUUGGUAUUCUAUCAGCCGCACCGCCACUCUGCUCCUGGCCCCUUAUCUGUCCUGGCUCUGCCUCGCCACCACCCUCAACUACUGCAUAUGGAGGGACAACCCUGAGACAAAAGAAGAGUAGUGGACAUAUCUGUGCUUCAGCUAUUAAAACUCUGAUUACAGUCAAUAUUCUGUUUAUAAAUCCUCGCUCAGAAGCCUUCCUAUUUCUAGAUUCAGCUGAUAUCAAAAGAUCGGACCUAUGAUUGUUUGUGUUUUUGUUAGCUAAUGCGACACAAGCGACUCAGAAAUGACUUGUUUCUGUUGUUUUAUUUUUUUUAUUGUUAAAGCUAAAGGUGCAAUAGGAGAUGGCUUUCUUGCUUUUCGAACAGCUACUUCUUUUGAAAACGUAGAAAUCUAAGAUCCAACCCUGGUCAGAGCAGCAGUUUGAUGUAAGGAAUAUGAGCUGGUCCUUAAACAUAGGACGUUCACAAUGAUUGACAAAAGAUUUGAUUUAGUGGUUGGCAUCAGUAUGUGAAGAGCACUUCAAGCAAUAUCAAUUCAAAUUCAAAAAUACUUUAUUAAUCCCAGAGGGAAAUUGAUAUAGCAAAAAACUCCAGAAAAAAUCUCCUACCCCACCUUUAGCUACAAAUUCACACAUUAAAUUUGCAUAAUUAACAGAUUAGCGAAUAAUCAUGUUUUGGGCGACAUGUUGAAGUGAACAUUCUUUUGUAUUUGAGCUUUUUUAAUGAAAAAUCUCCCAGAUGUGAAUUUAUUGUUCUUUUAAUUAUUAUUCACAUUUUUCACAUUAAAAAAAUUGACCACAAAA